AUGACCGAUUUCCCAAGCUCCACUUGGGACGUGUUCAACAAUACUUCCACCCCAUUCGGCAAUGCGGUCCCAUCCACCCAACCCAUCCCUCAUACUAAAUUACCUUCACGUCCAACUCUCGAUACAGAAAAAGUGGCGCUACUUCAAGAGUACCAAAACGGAGUAGGAACAUGGGUAUGCUUAUUCGAUAACGCCCGACAUCUCACGCACACCAUCGUCAAACGUGCACUCGAAUCCCCACUCCUUUUGAACGCGAUAUGCGCCCUCACCGCCAGACAGCUGAGCAUGGCAGGAAGAGGAGAGAUGUGGGAAACCACCGCCGUGCACUACUACGGAGAAAGCCUCCAGCACUUGAUCCAUAUCUUGAAUGACCCAUCAUAUGGAUCUGAUGAUACCCUCGCUGCAACAGUGCUACUGAGUAGCUACGAGCUGUUUGCCUCUCCAGGUCUGGAUCAUCAUCGUCAUGUAUCAGGUGCCGUGACUCUGAUCAGAACUAAUUCACAUAAUGCUAGUUCCAAGGGUUUGAAGGGGGCCGCAUUCUGGGUGUAUGCGCGCCAGGAUGUUGCCAUGGCUUUGGUGCAUGAGUGUCCUACUAUGCUUUUGCCGGAGGAGUGGGGGGUAGAGUGGACUGAUCAGGAGAUUGAUGAGGAUCUUCUGGGAAAUAAUAUUAUUUGGAUUGUGGCUAAGAUUAUAGCGCAUACGUUUGGGAAGGCUAGUGGUGUCACUGAGCACUCACUGCGUCGUGAUAGAAUGCGUUUGAUUGAGGAGUUGGAGACCUGGAGAGGGUCGUUGCCUACACCUUUUGUUGGUAUACCUUUUGGUACUCCUUCUGAAGAAGGGUUUGCCAAGCGGUUAUUUGCUGUUCCUUCGACGGCGAUGUGCAUGUAUCACUUGGCAUAUCUGCUAUUGCUCGCCGAAGGACGUAACCCAUCUCUUGCGGGUGAAAUUCCGCGGGAGGAAGUGGAUACACAUGCACGAUCUGUGGCAAGCAUAGCCUCAUCACCUAUAUCGGAUGCUUCACUUGUGCAAGCAGCGCAACCAUUGUAUUACUCAGCAAAGCAUAUAUCCACUGUCGCUGAAAAGUUCAAAAUGUGGACACUUCUUGGUGAAAUAGAGAACCGACUCGGAUUCCAUACAGGCCAUCGCAUUAAGCAGCUGCAACAACAAUUCAAGCUAGUCUGA